UGCAACUUAAACUUUCGCGCUUUGGACAAGUCUAAGAGCAGCAGCUUUAUUUCUGUAACAUAGUCUGUGUGCUCUCGACACGACGCGACACAACCUUCAUUUCUGGACCCUGGUGCUUACGGUCCUUAAUUAACUUAUCAUCCCUGUCCUCAAACACGGUCAGCAUCACGCAACAUGCUCACGCAUCGUGGCUUCUCUGCAUGUAUAAUCUCCGAGGGCAAACCGAUUCCAGAGUAUCUUGUCGCUGUUGCCGAAAAUCCAAACACAAUCUCGUGUUGGAUCCCAAGUGAGGUGGGAAAGACUUUUUCGGUAUACUGGAGAGACGAAGGAACAAGGAUGCAUUCAUGCGCGUUUAUUACGCUUGACGGAUUCGUAGUUCCCGGUCGGUUCUUGUUUGGCGAAGGGGAGGCUUGGAGGAAUGGCGUAAGAUCAGGUCCGCAAACAGAAAGACCCUUCAUGUUCGCACAGAGGCCAAGCUCAAGUACAAGCGGGGAAAGCAUGAAGGAUGCUGGAUCCAUCAUGCUCAAGAUUAAACUUGUCACGCUGGAUGGGUCGAAGGCAGCAAAUCCACUGCAGAGUAUUCCAGAUUUGAACUCGCAAAGUCACCCAGGCGAUCACUGUGUUGGGUACGGCCAGGAGAAGAACACGUACAUGCAAUCACCCAUGACGUGGAAGGUGAAGCCAUCCGACCAGCACGGUAAUAGGUCCCAUGUUACCUUUCUGUUCCGGUACAGGUCUCCCGGGUGGCUGAUGGCGCAAGGAAUAAUAUCUGCUGAACUGCAUGUGCCAAGAAGUCUUCCUGCGAAGCGACGGGUCGCCAGCGCGCCCGUUGCGCAAUUGAUUAACGCGCCGAUGACCCCGAGCCCAAGUCCUCCCAACUCAAGAAAGGCUGAACGGUCUGAGCGACUUAACGCAGAACUAAAGAAUGGCUUCUCUCCCGGUCAAGGUCCAGUGCGGCCUGCACUCAGUGCCAGGACCGUGAGCGUCGGGGGCCGGGGAAGGCACGACAAAUGUGCAGGGGAAAUACUACUCGAUUUUCAAGUUGGUCCUCCACUCGACCCACAGUGCGCCUCAGGAGUCGGACAGCACAGCAGUAGGUUGGACGGAGCCGAGCGAUGAGAUGUGAUUUGAGCGAGAGCAUAUGAUUUCGUUCUGUUGUUUGUUUCGAUGUGCUGUCUGAUGUCUAUUUCUUGGAGAAUAUUUAUACAACCUCAGGGAAACAUGGUAUGGAAGGCGUUUCAAUGCAAAUUACAGAGGAAGGGAUGCUGGAACCUGUGUUCACAACAAGGGAUAGUCAUAGCGCAAUGGCAAAGCGAAAGUAUUUGGAUUUGUGUGUAC